UAAUUAUUACCCACUCAUAAGUCACAAGGGGUUAACAGUGAAGUUGAGAAUGCUCUGAUAAAUCCCACAGAAUCCCCAAUUCAGAUUUCCACGAUCCAAACAGUUUUUGACAAGAUUUGAAAUAGUCAAAAUACGCAAGUAUCUCUAGAUCUGCUGCAGAAGAAGAUGGUUUGGGGCUGCUAAUCAGGUUUCGGAUUUUCUAGAGCAGGGGAGACUGGGACUAAUCGUCUACUUGGUUAACUCAAUAGUUUCUCUACACUUUUAAUCUACUAGAAGAACUAGGACAAUGAGAUGAGAUGGAAUUUCGAGUCUUGAAGGAAACAUGAUAACGAGUAAUGGGUCAUUGGAUCUCUAAGACGAUCAAGUAAUGUGUCAUUACAAUCUCCAUUAACAACAGAAUUUGAUCAAUCAACGCCACCGGUUAAUUACAGGAAGACCUCAAAUUAUGUUUAUCGGUAAAGAGAAGGAUGAGAUGUUCAUGUGGAUCUUCAAAUUCGCAGCUCGAAAGAAGCUUGGAAUGCUGCUCCUGUGUUUUGUUUCAAUAGCAGUCGUCUUGUGGAUACUUUAUGUCGGCAAGGGUGAGGUUACACAAGAAUUUGGCUCUGUGAGGAGCUUAGGGUUCAUAAACAUUUCAACUGUAGGAUUUUCUGGACAUUCUUCACCUAAUGAUGAAAUAAAGAUUACCAUUUAUAAUGAUAAAAAAAUUACAAGUCAAUCUCCUCCACCUCCUAUUUAUAAUACCGGAUAUACCCUUCUUCCUGGGAACCCUUGUGAGACCUUUACAUUGCCUCCACCACCAGCUGAUAAAAAAAGAAUUGGGCCACGUCCAUGUCCUGUGUGUUAUCUUCCUGUGGAAGAAGCAAUUAAUUUGAUGCCAAAAGCUCCUUCAUUUUCUCCUAUUCUCCAAAAUCUGACUUACAUUCAUGAAGAGAAUUCAACUAAAAGUGAGUUUGGAGGCUCGAUUUUUGGUGGGUAUCCUUCUUUGAAGCAGAGGCUUGAAUCUUAUGAUGUUAAAGAGUCAAUGAAGAUUCAUUGUGGAUUUGUCAAAGGAGAUAAACCAGGACACAACACAGGAUUUGACAUCAAUGAUUCAGAUCUUUUUGAAAUGAAUCAAUGUCAAGGAGUUCUUGUUGCAUCUGCAAUAUUUGGAGCAUAUGAUUUGAUUCAACAACCAAAGAACAUUAGUGAAGCUUCAAAGAAAAACGUUUGCUUUUUCAUGUUUAUCGAUGAACAAACACAAAAAUUUCUUAAAAAUUCAAGUGAUUUAGAUGAUAACAACAAGAAGAUAGGGUUAUGGAAAAUCAUUGUUGUCCAUAAUCUACCAUAUACAGACCCCAGACGUAAUGGAAAGAUUCCAAAGCUUCUACUACAUAGGCUUUUCCCAAAUGUUAGGUAUUCUUUAUGGGUGGAUGCAAAACUUGAGCUUGUUGUGGAUCCUUAUCAAAUUCUUGAAAGGUUUUUGUGGAGGAAAAAUACGAGUUUUGCAAUAUCUAGACAUUAUAAACGGUUUGAUGUGUUUGUAGAAGCUGAAGCUAAUAAAGCAGCUGCAAAAUAUGACAACGCCUCCAUUGACUUUCAAAUUGACUUUUAUAAAAGUGAGGGUUUGACCCCAUAUUCUGAGUCAAAGCUUCCGAUUACAAGUGAUGUUCCUGAAGGAUGUGUGGUAAUACGAGAGCAUAUUCCAAUCUCAAAUCUUUUCACGUGUUUAUGGUUUAAUGAAGUUGAUCGAUUCACUUCAAGAGAUCAAAUUAGUUUUUCCACUGUAAGAGACAAAAUCAUGUUCAACACAAAUUGGACUCUUUAUAUGUUCUUGGAUUGUGAAAGGCGAAACUUUGUUGUUCAGGGAUACCACCGAGACAUUUUGGAACAUUGGGCACCACCACCCCCUCCAACUUUUCAACUUGCUGUUUCUAGUCCCUCACCUUCCCCCAUCCCCUUUGAUGAAACACCCAAACAAAUUGUUACUAGACACCGUAGAGAUAGAAAAUCAAGUCGACGUCACCGUAAAAUUGAUAUAAAAAGUCAAAGUCAAAAUCAAAGUCAAAGUCAAAGCUAAAUUCAUAUAGAGAACAAAGGCAAAUUUUUUCGUUUGUUAUCGGAAUACAAAUCAUUGUUGGGCCCGCAAAAAUCCUUGGAAGAGGAAUGUUGUUCAAACAAGAGAAAGAAGGUGAACACGCUUGAGCAUGCAAGGGUGUGCUUGUUUGAGUUGUAAGUUGUGUAAUGGUCAUGGGGCUUGAGCUAAAUGCUUUAUGGCCGUGUGGACCCCACACGUGCUAAAAUGGCAAUAUGGACUUUUUGGGAGAUGGUGUUACAUAAAGUGUGAUGCAUAGUUAAAAGAUAGUGUUAAGAAAUUUUGUUACAAAAAUGUUAAUGUUAGGAUCAAACUUUAGAUUUGAUGAUGUUUAGAAAUCAUAUACGUAAGCUGCCAAGUGUUGUAUAAAUAAAUAAUGUUUUUUUGGAC